ACGAAAUAGAGAAGACAAACCCUGGUUGUUUAAAGCAUUAAUCGUAAUCUCGUGAUAUUUAUAGAAAUAAGCAUGCAACGUGGACUGUGUUAGGGAUAUUUCAUCACAACUGAACCUAAACAAGCCGAUAAAACCAAAGUCCGGAUACUGUUUUGGAAAAUAUGUGAAUCUAUUCGCAGUUGGCAUUGGUUGACAACUUUAUUUUGACGGACGGACGGUCGGUCAGGACUUUUUAUUUUGAAACGUUGUACAUUCAACUGUGUGUUCUCCAUACUGUGCUCCAAUCUACGAUAGUUGCAGGUCAGAUUAUAAUAUCACUCGGACAUCAUUGCCUGUGUAACACAGAGAAGUAAGAAACAUGGCCACAACAAGCAACAUCAACCGAACUCUAUUCUGUCAGUUUUUUACGCUUCCUUCAUCGCUUCAUCUUUGUAGGCAGUUCCUUAUGCUUCUGAUUCUUUUAUAUUUACCAGCGGGUCUUUGUUUAAAUCAUUGUAUGCUUCAGCAGAUUUAUAAAAAUGUUAUUCCAUAUGGUGGCCAGUCGGCAGGAACAUUUACACCCCGUGAUAUAGAUAGACACAAAUUUAACUCACUAGACUCCCUAAUGGAAGAGUGUGGAAAUAUCUGCUGCCAAGAUGAUGCCUGUGAUGUGGUCUAUGUUUAUAACAUGAAGUGUUAUACGUUAGAUUGUGUUAAUGCAGAUAUGUGUGAACCAAUUGAAUCUUUGGAGGGUAAAGAAACAUACAUGGCAUUCAUAGCGAGAGCCAUGUCAUCACAUUUAGAUGAGCUGCCAGGAUCCACAGUUGGUUUAACAACAUCAAAUACGGCACAAAUAACACUACCAAACGAUGAAACAUCUGAUAAAGUUAACGGUGGAGACGAUACUGAUGAAUUGGAGACUUUACUGAAUAUAUUAGGAGAGGAGAAGACUCCUCAACAAACACCAAAUCCUGCACCUUCCUCUCAAGUGACACAGCCACCGAUUGCUACUGACGCUCUCAAUUCUGUCAUACCGCUACCCGAUAAAAAGAAUUUUUAUGGAGAAUUGACCAAUGGUCUUUGCAUUUAA